AUGCACUUCACACGCGCGCUUGGGCAACAAGCCGUCUUCGGCCUCGCGUCCCUCACCACCAUCCUCGCCGCCAACACCACAGACCAGCAGCACCUGAGCGGGCACAUCGCCGCCGACAAGGUUAUGACCUUUGUCUACGCCCCCUUCACCGUGCUGCCCGGCUGCACGUCCCUGAGCGUCUACCAGAACUACUCGCUGCCGGCCAACAACAGCAUCGACCUGGGCAUCUACUCGCCGCUCGGCCUCGACCCCAUCUCGGCACUUAACGGGUCCGGCUCCCGCGGCUGGAGCGGCGGCUUCCGUAAGAACUUCACUAUUUCCGUUGCGGAGGCGACGCCGGGGUAUAACGCGGGCGGUAUCGAGGCUGGGGUGUGGAAUGUUGUGCUUGGGCCGUACGUCGUGCUGCCGGAGGGGGUGGAUUGGUGGGUGGAUGUGGAGUUGGUGUACGAUGACAGUGUCAGUGGGGGGUAUUGGCACCCGAGCUACGCACGCAUGGAUUACGAGCCGUUGCUGAGCCAGCAGGGGGGUUCUGCAGCGGAUCGGGGCCGGGAGAAGUGGUUGCGGGGGGAUUUCCAUAUGCACAGUAUCUACAGCGAUGGACGAUACUUGCCCAGCGAGCAGAUGGAGAACGCGCUGAAGAAGGGACUGGAUUUCAUCUUCUUCUCGGAACACAAUACGGACAGUGGGAACAAUGAGGUGGCGGGCUGGCGGCCGGAAGGGGCGCAGGAUCUGUUGGUGGGGAGGGCGAUUGAGGUGACGACCCGCCAUGGGCACUGGCAAGCGAUAGGGUUGGCGCAAGGUCAGAAGGUUGAGUGGCGAUACACGAAUGAGACUGAUGGCUAUGCUGUUGCUGCGCAGGGGGUGCGGGAGUCGGGUGCGCUCGUGUCAAUCAACCAUCCCUUCAUCAACUGUUCGCGGUGCGACUGGACUCUGGAUUGGGAGCACCAUGAUGCCAUCGAGAUCUGGAACGGAAGAUGGAGUGAAGCAAACGAGCAGGCGGUGAGGAAGUGGCAUGAAGAGUUGAUGGCUGGCAAGAAGAUCACUGCUAUUGGUGGUUCGGAUGCACAUCAUCCGCCUGAUCAGAACGGACUGCCGACCACCGUUGUGAAGGUCAGUGCUAAGAGUCAGGCGGGCAUUGUCGAAGGCGUCAGGGAAGGAGGCGUGUACCUUGUCGAAGGACCGGGGAUGGAAAUCGAAUUCGGCGUCGAAGUGGCGGGUACUCGAUUCGACGUCGGCCAGGUCGCUGGAGCGUCUAAGGGUUCCGCAGUUUUGGUUGCCCGAGGAUUUGGGGACAGUGUAGCAUGCUUUCUCUCGGAGCAGGGUUACUUCCACAAUCAAUCAUUGGUCGAUGGUGGUAGCAUUGAGCUUGCAGUGGAAGGGUUGGCUUUUGUGAGGGUCGAGAUCAGGAACUCGACGGACAUCAUGCUGGGCUUGACGAACCCUGUGUUUUUCGAAUAA